CAAUUUGUCCCUUAUUGUUUUGAAUUUCAAAUAUCGAAACGGCUCUGUUUUUUGGGACCAAAAAAUAAGCCCUACAAAACAAAGCAAAUCACCCACGUCCCAAAAGCUUUGAGUUUCAUAAAUCCACCCGGAAGUUUCACUAAUCCACCCGGUAGUUUCAUUAAUCCAUCAGGAAGAUUCAUAAAUCCACCUUGAAGUUCCAUAAAUCCACGCUGCAAACCUCUGUUUUUGCUUGUUUUUCUGCUGAAGCAAAUUUUUUUUUGCUCAAAUGGGUGCUUCUGGUAAAUGGGUCAAGGCUCUGAUCGGGAUGAAAAAAUCCGACAAGGACGACCCGGUGAGUGGGAAGAGCAAGAAAUGGAAGCUGUGGAGGAGUUCUUCAGGGGAUUUAGGGUCUACUUGGAAGGGUUUCAAAGUUAAUUACAGGGCGGGAUCGGAGGGGUCGGAUUCUCCGAGAGGGGCGGAUGUUUAUAAUGCAGCAGUGGCUGCGGUGGUUCGAGCUCCGCCGAAGGAUUUCAGGGUUGUGAGGCAGGAAUGGGCUGCUAUCAGAAUCCAAACUGCUUUCCGAGGCUUCUUGGCGAGAAGGGCUUUGAAGGCCUUGAGAGGAAUAGUGAGGCUGCAAGCUCUGGUUCGGGGCCGGCAAGUGAGGAAGCAGGCUGCUGUGACACUGAGGUGCAUGCAAGCUCUUGUUCGAGUUCAGGCUCGUGUGAGAGCUCGUCGUGUGCGAAUGUCCAUGGAGGGACAAGCUGUGCAGAACAUGAUCAAUGAACGUCGCACCCAGGCCGAUCUCUUAAAAGAAGCUGAGGAAGGGUGGUGUGAUAGCAAGGGAACAAUAGAUGAUGUUAAAGCAAAGAUUCAAAUGAGGCAAGAAGGAGCAUUCAAGAGGGAGAGAGCAAUUGCUUAUGCACUUGCUCAGAAGCAAUGGAAAUCAACCCCAGAUUCGAAUUCGAAUUCUCGUACCAGGUCCUCAGUGUACUCUCUCAGUAAGAACAAUGAAUUUGACAAGAACAGUUGGGGAUGGAGUUGGUUAGAACGUUGGAUGUCAGCGAAGCCGUGGGAGACUAGGCUGAUGGAAGAGUCACACAAUGACUCUUCUGAGAUCACACCGCCUCCAAAGAGCUGUGCAGACCCUUUCAUGGGCAAACAACAUUCGAAAUCUUCAGAACCAUGCUCCGUUAAAGUCAGGAAGAACAAUGUCACCACUAGGAUUUCUGCAAAGCCUCCUCACGUUGGGCAAGCUACUCGCUCAUCUUCGAGCCCAAGUUCCGAAUUCCGAUAUGAUGAGAGCUCUGCUUCAUCUUCACUGUGCACAUCCACACCGCCAGUUUCUGGGAACACCGGAUUGGCAUCAGAUAGAACAGAUGACGGCUGCAACUAUAAGCCGAGUUACAUGAACCUGACUGAGUCAACGAAGUUGAAGCAGAAACCACAGAGUUAUCUGUCUCAAAGAACUCAAAGGCAAUCCAUGGACGAGUUUCAAUUCCUCAAGAGGUCUGGGGCAUUCUCUAAUGGGGAUUCAAAAAGUAGUGCUGGUUCUGAGCCAUUUUCAGCCAACUUCUCCAAGCCGCUCGGCAUGCCAACGCGGUUGGAUAAGAACUCUUUGAAACUGAGGUGAAAGGGGCGCCUCGAUCAUACAAUCAGCUGGGUUAAGUUCAUUUUGAUUGAGAAGAUCAACAGCUAGUUGUUCCCUGUUCCCUAUUUUUUAGAAUGUGUAAUUUUAAGUGUGUGCUAGGAGUAGAAGAGUUCAGUUUUCAUUUGAACAUAGUUAAUUUAUGAAUAUGUGGAAUCGAAUAUUUACAUAAUUCAAAUGCGAUGGAUCAUUGAACUCAUCGCGGGCUUUCUUGCAA